AUGGCCCUUGCAGCAAGUGAGCUACAGCCAGGACUCGUCUCCUGGGCAGCCCCAAUGGUCCUUGGUGAGCAUUGGGACUCCUUGCCUGAUGCAGUACAGAGUGUGCUCCGAAAGAAUGGGUUGGCCCCAUCGCAGCCCGCUGAACAAGAAGAUCCGCUGAUCAAGCUGUUGCAGCAGCACAAGGAUGCUUUGCCGGACCAGAUCAAGGCAGAGCUUGACAAGAGGGACCCUGAGCCUUUUGAAGUUGCCCUUGCUACCCAAGAUGCUUUCAAGACUGCAGUGGGAAAGCUGAGGGAAUUGGGCAACAGGAAGCUGCUUUUGCAGCAACGCAUUGACAAUGCAAAGGCUGCAUUCACGGCAUUGCUUUCGCAGAUGCAAAACUUGCAGGCGGAAAUCAAGGAAGCUGAGCAGAAAGUUGAAAAAGUUGGGGGAGACUACCACGAGAAAGUCCUCAAGACCGACGACGAAGCCGAUACUAUGGAUGUGGAAGCUGUGUUGGGUCAGCUUGGUGUCCAGCUGACCCAGGAGCAGCAGGCUACUUGGAAAGCCAUUCAAGCCGAGCAUGCGUCCAAGCGCCGCAAAGCCGAGGCUAUGGAAUCUCCGCCAGGCCUUGGGCGAGGAGACAUGCUGGGCGCUGGGGUUCCAACCAAGAGGCUGGGAUUGCUGCAGGCCCGCCACCUCGAUGUUAUGGCCAUACACCUGCGCAACUUGACUCUCCGUCAGCUGCUGCUUGACAAGUGGGUGCUGCAAGUGAGCGAGGAUUUGCUUUCCGUUGACUUGAAGUCUUCUCACGAUCUUUUAAACUGGUGUGAGGCAGUUUGUACCUUCCUUGCCCAGGCCAUCUUCGUGAUGGUACGAUUGGGAGUGCACUCGCUGCCGUUUUCCAUGCAUUGCCACUUCCGACCUUCACCCCUGAAACACCUAUCCUUGAAGAACCGGCUUGGGUGUUACCCGUCCGGACUGCUAAAAUGGUCUCCUGCAAGCAGGGCUGUGCCCUUAAAGACCACGGGCCCUAUGUUCUUUUCCCAAUCCCUGUUUGAUGAUGGAGAUACUGUUGUGUCCUCGCUGGACACUGUGGAGCCUUCGGUCAGGUCGAGAUGCCCGAAGACUGGUACCCCGAAAUCUCAUCCCCGGUUGACCCGUCAGAAGAAAAUCAAGGAAUGGAUUGGUCUCCUUGAUAUUCUUGAGGCUCAACCAGUGAUGGAUAUGCCGGCUAAGGAGGCUCAACUGCUCCAAUGGAUUGAGGACUUUGGAGAGCAGUACGAUCAAGGGUCUUUGGAGUGCUGGACCUUGAAUAGGAUAUGUCAACUUCUGGAGCGGUCUAAAGAUGACACCCUUGGAGUGAUCGAGGCGAUUGAGGCUGUUCUGGCUGGUUUCCGCAAACAGAAUACUGGUCCCAAGUCCCUCCUCAUAGGUAGCUCGGGAGGACUUCUCACUCUUGCACCCUCGCAUCGCAAUGCUGCCACGGGCCCGGCCUUUAUGUCUGCAGGAGUGGGCCCGACUGGUGGACUCAACCCGGAGAUCCUUUCUCGUCUGGCGGCGGUCCUUGACCAAACCAGCACCCAGUGGCUGGUUCUUGGUGACUGGAAUUGUUCCCCGGCCGAAUUGCUCCGCCUAGGGUUUGUUGAUAAAGUGAAGGGCCAGGUGGUCGCCCCUGGUGGUCCUACCAUUAACACUGGAGGCACCUUGGAUUAUGCUGUUGCCUCCAAGAGGAUGGCCCCAGUGCUCUCCGCCUUGCAGGACCUCCUAGUUGCUCCUGACUUGCAAAGCCAUCACCUUGCACUUGAGAUUAUCGCACAGCAGGGGCGAUCAGCCUUGAAAGAGGCGGUGCGCAAGAGUGAUGAAGCAUACUCGCAAUGGUUGGAAGAAGCUUGCAAAGGGGGUAUGCGAGGCUUGUACAAGGCUUUGAAGUCUGAAGACUCCAUCCCGGACAGGCCAUACAGAAACAUACCACUCGAAAUUCGCCCGCACAUCAGGCGGGCUCACUGGGCUGAUGUGUGGCAGCCCAUGCCUGGCAAUGACGUCAAUCCCAAUCUUGAUUUUGAUAGCCUCAGGGAUGCUUCUGUAAGCCAAGCCAAAACCCUUCCUCCCAUAACAGGUCCAAUGGUGGCGAAGGUGAUCAAACGAAUGCCGACUAAAGCUAUUGGUGCAGACGGGUGGAGUGUCCAGAUGCUUAAAUGUCUUGCCCCCUUGCAGCUUGAAAGAUUGGCACAAUUCUUUAAUACCUGGGAGGGUCAGGGUGCUUUCCCGACCCAGCUCUCGGUUGUUCUGGUUGCACUCAUUAACAAGUCUGAGGAUGAGGAGCGCCCAAUUGGACUGACGCCAGUCCCAUACCGACUGUGGGCAAAGAUACGUUGGCCUGUCUUUGAGAAAUGGCUCCGGGAAUAUGCUGCCACCCAGGAUUGGGACAGGGCAAAGAAGGGCCUUUUCAAGUCUUGA